CUUUUUAAUUUAUUUUUUCAGUCGAGAUGAUAUGUUUCCUAAUGAAGAUACACCUAACACAUUGUUCAACGGAAUCCCAUUCAAAGAGGUUCCUAUUUGCAAUAUUCGCUCAUCACGCAACAACACAAUAAUGACUUUGACUGAUCCAAAAACUGGUAUGCCAAAAAUCAUCCGAUCGUGUGGCGUUGAAGGGUUCAAAAACACCAGAAAAGGCACCAAUGUAGCUGCUCAAGCUACAGCAUUGACAUUUAGCUCUCUUGUAUUGGGAAAAGGAGUCAAAACAGUGAGGGUAGUCGUCAGAGGAACAGGACCUGGAAGAAUGUCGGCCAUUAAAGGACUGCAGCUGGGUGGCCUGAACAUCAUUUCAGUGUCGGACACAACGCCUGUCUCGUUCAACCCGCCCCGACCACCCAGGCCCCGGUCUCUCUGAACUGUGAACUUGAUAAAUCAAGAUGUGCCGACCAUACAA